AUGCGUUCUGACCUUGAAAUCAUCACACAUCAGGACAGCGAUUUGAAUGAGGUGACUACACAGCCAGGAAAGUAUGUUAAGAAAAAAAAACUGCAGAAAUACAAGAUCAUCUGUGUUGUUCUGCUAGUUGCUUUGGUGGUUAUAUCCCUGGGACUAGGUUUGGGACUAGGAGUUAACCGUGGAGACCAGGAACAAGUCAGCUGCAGACACAAAUGUAAUGAGCCAUUUAAGAAGGAGCUGUCAGGUUGCCAGUGUGACAGUGGAUGUAAGGAGCGUCAAAACUGCUGCUGGGAUUAUGAAGACACCUGUGUGGAACCAACCCGAUCUUGGAAAUGCACUAUUUUCCGUUGUGGUGAGACACGGUUAGCUGGAAGUUAUUGUUCUUGUUCUGAUGACUGUUUGCAGAAAAAUGACUGUUGCGUAGACUACAAAAGUGUUUGCAGAGGUGAAACACCUUGGGUAGAGGAACCAUGUGUAUCACUUGAAACUCCUCAGUGUCCAGAUGGGUUUGAUCUGCCACCACUUAUUCUUUUCUCAAUGGAUGGUUUUAGAGCAGAAUAUCUGCAAACUUGGAGUUCUUUAUUGCCGAAUAUUGAGAAAUUCCAAAAAUGUGGCACACAUUCGAAAUACAUGAGAGCUGUUUACCCCACAAAAACCUUUCCAAAUCACUAUACUAUUGUCACAGGACUGUAUCCAGAAUCUCAUGGUAUUAUCGAUAACAACAUGUAUGAUGUAAACUUCAACAAGAGUUUCUCACUUUCAGGGAAUGAAAAAUUCCAACCUUACUGGUGGAAGGGGCAGCCAAUCUGGCUGACAGCAAUGUACCAAGAUUUGAAAGCUGGCACCUUCUUUUGGCCAGGCUCUGAUGUUCCUAUCAAUGGUACAUACCCCACCUUGUACAGUAUAUACAACAAUUCAGUUAAAUAUGAGCAGAGAAUUUCAAGGAUAUUGAAAUGGCUUGAUAACCCCAAAUCUGAGAGGCCUGAUUUUUACACUUUGUAUAUUGAAGAACCAGAUUCUUCUGGACAUUCAUUUGGACCAGUUAGUAGUGGUGUAAUCAAAGCCCUGCAGCUGGCAGAUCAAACACUGGGCAUGCUAAUGGAGGGGCUUAAACAGAGAAAUCUGCACCACUGUGUAAAUCUCAUUCUUUUAGCUGAUCACGGGAUGGAGAGGACCUACUGCAGCCAAUUAGAAUAUAUGACUGAUUACUUAAAGCAGAGUAAUUUCUACAUAUAUGCCGGGCCUGCAGCUCGCAUUCGAGCAUACAACGUUCCAAAGGACUAUUUUACUUUUGAUUCAGAAGGAAUUGUUAAAAACCUCACAUGCAAAAGAUCACCCCAGCACUUCAAACCUUACCUGACACCUAACUUGCCAAAACGGUUCCAUUAUGCUAACAACAUUCGUAUUGACAAAGUACAUCUUUUGGUGGAUCGACAGUGGCUUGCUGUGAGAAACAAAGGAUACACAGGUUGUAAUGGGGGUAACCACGGCUAUGACAAUGAAUUUAAAAGUAUGCAGGCUAUAUUCUUAGGAUAUGGCCCAGGCUUUAAAGAGAAUACAGAGGUGGACCCCUUUGAAAACAUAGAGAUUUACAACCUUAUGUGUGAUCUGCUGCAUAUUACACCAGCACCAAACAAUGGAACACAUGGCAGCUUAAACCACCUCUUGAAAAAACCUUUUUACCAUCCUUUACAUGCCAAAGAAGAGUCAUCUCCUUCUUUAUGUCCAGUUGUCAGUCUGACUUCUUCAGAUGAAUUAGGAUGCACAUGCAAUGGAAUACCAGACAUUUCAGAAAUAAACAAGAGGUUAAAUCUAACCACAGAUGAAAUAACGACGACAAAUUCCUAUAAUUUGCCAUAUGGAAGACCAAGAGUUCUUCAGCAGGAAAACACCUACUGCCUUCUCUCCCAUCAUCAGUAUGUGAGUGGAUACAGUUACAACAUCUGGAUGCCACUGUGGACUUCAUACACUGUGAAUAAGCCUGAAAACACAUCUUCGCUUCCUCCCACUGUUUCAGACUGUCUGCGGGCUGAUGUUAGAAUCCCUGUUGCUCAGAGCCAAAAUUGUUCCAACUACUCAGAAAGGCUGAACUUCACCCGCGGUUUCCUCUAUCCUCCCAACUUCAAUUCAUCUGCUCUCGAACAAUAUGAUGCUUUACUCACCAGCAAUAUAGUUCCCAUGUAUACAGCAUUCAGAGACAUAUGGGACUAUUUCCAUAAUAUCCUGCUUCAGAAGUAUGCUACAGAAAGGAAUGGAAUAAAUGUUAUCAGCGGACCGGUGUUUGAUUACAAUUAUGAUGGUCAUUUUGAUACCCUUCAUGAAAUUACGCUGCAUGUAAAUAAUACACAAAUCCCAAUCCCAACCCAUUACUUUGUGAUUCUGACGAGCUGCAAGAACACAUCUUUUACUCCACUGAACUGUUCAGGCUCUUUGGAUGCUUUGUCUUUUAUCCUUCCUCAUCGACCUGACAACACUGAAAGCUGUGCUGAAAAUAAGCAGCCUUCCGAAUGGGUUGAAGAAAGAGUUCAGGCUCAUGCUGCACGUGUUCGAGAUGUGGAACUUCUAACUGGGCUUGACUUUUACCAGGAAAGACAGCAACCCAUCUCUGAGAUCUUACAGCUAAAGACAUUUUUGCCAACAUUUGAGACUGACAUUAACUGA